AUGCCCAGUCAGCGCGUCCCCAAGAGUAUUGCCAAGAAGAAAGAGGUCCUUGUCGAGAUCGACUGCUACGCCGACGGCGUUCCCUCAAGAGCGUUCAGUCAUUUUGUUGUUAAAAUGGGAUGGAAGAUCUCCGCGGCCCAGAUCCGCUACUGGUACAAGACUGCUCUCGUUUGGGACAGUAUGAGCGCUCAUAUUUCGAAGGCGAUCAAGGCGAGAUGUGCAGCCAAAAAGAUUGAGAUGGUUGUUGUGCCUGGUGGCUGCACGCCAUAUCUGCAAGCUGGAGAUAUAGGCAUCUACAAGUCUUUUAAAGACCACAUGGCACCUUUUUAA